UGAUGCUGAGCUUCGUUUCAGUAUCGAUCGAGCUACGAUAUAGUAAAGCAGCCUGUUUUGUCACAAUGGAAAAGCUCUACUCCGUUGAGAAGUGCCCGCAAAGUUACGAUCAGUAUGAGUUUACUCUGUCCGACCUGUACCGCAAACUAGCAAAGGAUGAGCUCCGCGAGGACGACGAGAUUCGGGAGCAAUCGUUGACGCAGAUGCGGGAGUGGAUUGCCAAACAUCCGUACAUAAGCAAGUGCCGUACGGAUGCGUCGUUUCUGUUGCGCUUUUUGCGCUUCCGAAAGUACUCCGUACCGAUGGCGUGUGAGGCGCUGGAGCGAUACCUUGCGAUGCGUGAGACCUUUCCGCAGUGGUUUAAGAAUCUUGAUUGCAAUGACCCCGCAAUGCGAGAAAUGCUUCAGGACGGUGUGUUUACGAAGCUCGGCCAAGAUGCCGAGGGCAGGACGGUGAUCCUCUUCCGGUUUGCCAGUUUCAAUGUGGACAAGUUUACCUCACUGCAGGAAGGUCGCUUUACGGUGCUGCUCAUCGAGACGCUGCUCGAGUGUGAAGAGCUGCAGAUCGGUGGCUUUCGGGUGCUGAUCGAUUAUACUGGCUCAGUGUUAAAGCACUACGGCAUUUGGGGCGUUUCGGACAUGAAGGUGUUUAUGGAUGCGAUCAACCGCUCCUACCCGAUACGGAUCCGUGAGGUGCAUGGUGCCAAGUUUCCUAAGUUUGCUGUUUCGUUACUAAACUUACUGCUGACGUUCGCUAGCCCAAAGUUGAAGGACCGCAUCACAUGUCACAACAGCGUCGAGGAAAUGGCAAAGCGAUGCGAAUCGACCCUGUUACCCAAGGAGUGGGGCGGUGUCUGUGAUUUGCAGGAGUUCAAUCAACGGUUCCAGGAUCAUUUAGAGGACAGGCGGCAGGUGCUGCUGGCGUUGGAUGAAAUGGAUAUUGAUACGACGAAUUAUACUUCACUCUGGAAACACCACGAAGCACCCGAGAACGAAAUAGAUAGUGGAGCGAUGGGAAGCUUUAGAAAGCUUGAUGUGGAUUAAAUGUCUAUCAAAAAGUGUACUUGGUGAACGAUUAUGAUACUUGAUCAUUGGAGAAUUAAGUGUUAACGUGAUUUUUUAUGAUUUUUAGAGGCUAGUAACCUAACGAAAAAUUGUAGAGUUAAAGAAUACAGUAUAUUUUCUGAUUCAAUCAAAAUACACAAUGCUUGCUGGUACAAAUGUCCCUACUAGUUGUUUUUGCUAUUUUCAAUAACUUCGCAAACCUAAUAAAUCAUGGCAUUUUGCAAAUUUAAAUUUAUCUUUAUAUGGAAACAAUUUUCACUAUCUUUCACUAAGAUCUAGGGAAUUAUUAUGGUUUCAGUGUAAAACUAACAUUAUCUACUAUUUGAACUGAUUUAUACAUGUUUAGGAACAAUUAAUAUGUUGUAGCUGUCGUACGGCAGAGUGUUGUUUAAAUAAUAUUUGAUCCUGCUUUCAAUUAUUAUAACUUUCAUGUACAUUUUUGUAAACAGCUUUACGCAUAACGAGAUUUUCGUAUGAUUGUAGUACGAUUGAGUAAUUUACUUAAUUUCUUACUAAAUUAUCUUGCUUAGCUUUGAUGAUGAACCUUAUCAAAUAUUCUUAAAAAACAAAGGCAUGACCAACGUCACUAUAAUGUUGUAAUUGCUUUCUAAAAUUGGUUAUAAAAAUCGAAUAUCUUCCUCCAACUCUAAGACGUCAGUAGUGUUAUAAAAGAUAACCUGAUUCAGUAUACUUUCUUUUUUUUAUAGUUUUACGAGGCAUCUAGGUAGCAUUACAUCAAACAAAAUCUACGAGCAUUUUAAUAAAUUUUCACAUGGAAAACAUAAUAUAUACUUUCUUUGGGUUUACCCGUAAACUACAUAAUUUCAGCGGCGGACCUAACAGUAGGCGAACUAGGCGGUCGCCAGGGGCCUCGUCGAUUUAGGGGCCCCGUAGAUCAAUAGUCUAUAGCAGGGGUCUCAAAACUACGGCCCGCAUGCGUCCCUUAAUACCCUGUAAUGCGGCCCGGGACGACUUGGUAGAGGUUAUAUACAUAGUUAAUUUUGUUUCCUAAUUCAUCAAAAAAAAUGUUUGAAAGACGAAAAUUAGGACUUGAUAAAAUAAAGCUGUUGACAUUUGAUAUAUUCAGUAAGUAUUUUCUAAUCAAAUUAAGAUUUGAACAUUCACUCAUUCUAUAGCUAACUUCAAAAUGGUCCUCAACAAUGUUAUUUGUGAAGCAAUGCGGCAAUCGGUUGACAAACAUUGGUAGGGUCUGUGGCCGAUGAUCGUUGGGGCCUAAUGGCCGUCACUCCAUGAGCCCCCACCUCCCGGCAGCAAUUGCAGUAGACUGUUGAAUCUCCUAACCCUGCUCACCAUCUAUAGGGGGCCUCAAAUCAUCUUACAGCCUAAGGCCCCCUUUACCCUAAAUCCGCCACUGCGUAAUUUCAAAAUUCAAAAUUAACAUCAUGCCACAAAGAGCUCCAGAAGUGUUCCAGUACAGAGUCUUAACCAUUGAAAUAUCAUGAAAAUAAUAAAACAAAUAGUCAAAACAUAAAAAGACUUCCAAUUGUUCAGUUUGUUCUUUAAUUAUAGGGUGAAACGUUUCGAAGAAUUUAGAUAAAUAUGAUUUGAUCUUUGAUCCAUUUUGAUUUGAUCCAUGAGUGGUUUUGGACAUUCCUGUGGCAGGCCAAGACCACAAAGCGCUUGUAGCGCCGGAUAAGUAAGUAAGUAAAGUAUGAUUUGUCUUUUGUUCUGUGAAUUAGUAAAAUUUAUCCAUGUAAAAGCGAAUUAUUUCUCUGACAAUUUCUUCCCCAUUCAUCACAAAACACACGUCACUGAAAGUGUAGUGACGUGAUAAGAAUUAGAAUAUAACGGAGGUACUGCGCACGUAAAGCAGCUCCCAAUGCUAUGGUGUUAGGGAAUGAAGCAAUUACAGCUUAUCAAGAUACAGACGAUGUGCGUCUACUGACUGACU